CCGCGACCUACUGUUGUUGCUGCCUGCCCCCCAGCAGGAAAUGCCCUCGCUCCAUAGCCGUAUGUUUCUCUAUGCUCGACUCGGCAGCCUCAAGAGUUACAUAUGGAAGCAUCUCAACUUCUAUCGCGUACAUCUGCUAUUCUUCACCUUCACGCCGUUGGUAUUCUCCGGCAUCCUGUAUGCGGCCAAUACCGACUUCCAUGUCUCCUAUGUCGACUGCCUGUUCAAUUGCGUCAGCGCGAUGACCGUUUGCGGCCUCGCCACUGUGGAUCUGAGUGGAUUGACGGGGUUCCAGCAAGUCUUGCUGUUCAUUCAAAUGUGCUUGGGAAGUCCUGUCCUCGUAUCUCUAGUAAUCGUUUACAUCCGGAGAACUUUCUUCGCGAAGAAGUUCCAAUACCUGGUAGAGGCUGAGCUCGCGCGCAGGGCGGCGCAACAGACCGGUAUGGCGGUAGACGUGAAGCUGAAGCCCUGGUGGAAGAAAGUGCUGCAGAUCUUCAGGCUACCUUGGAGAACGCGAUUACGCUCGUUCAGCGACGUUGUCGUGCAGGAGCCCGUCAAACGUGGUGGCGGCCGCUAUAGUCUCCGCCCCGAGAUGAUUCGGCGAGUUGAAGGUGCUCCGAAGCUGGUUGACCCUAGCGGAUGGAUCAGUGCGGGUGUUUCACAGCAACCGUCAGAAAACGCUACCCCGAAGGGAAACACGGCUGCGGCGUUUUCGGCGGAGAGCAACCAUGGGAUAACAAAGGAAAGGUUGAGUACAAGCUCAGGAGAGAAUACGGACUCGACUGGGGUAGAGCGGGGGGACGACCAUUCGCAGAUCCCUGAACAGGAGACUCCUGAGCGCCGAUCCACUGAUAUGCCGCCAGCACAAUCUCCAGGAACUUCACCGAUUAGUGCUCCUCCGAUUCUGCGGACUGAGACCGUUCAUCGACAAGGCCGAGGACCCCUACUCCCACGUACACAGACGGUGGAGUUUGCAGCCACUCCUCAAGCUUUCGCGCUGGACCGAGGCUUCAGCCCCGUUGCCCAAUCCUCAUUAGAAGACGACAUCGCCUACGGCACGUCUCACGCACGUCGGUCUAUGUCACGUCCGACGAUGUCGCGGCGCACAACGUCGCGUCCGACGACGCUGCGACCCGCCAUGUCGCGGUCCAUGGGCACUAUGCCACGCUCGGGCACAAUCAUGACCGCCGCGUCGCACCCGUACAGCGAGCCACCGAGACGCACGAUGCACCGAGGGUUCGGAGGGUUUCCGAUGCCGCACGAGCUCUUGGGGCGACUAUUUGGACGUGCGUUUCCCCAGCUCGAACGCAGAUUGACGCGAACGAUCACCAUUCCACGGACGCGGACGAUCGCGUCGGAGCGCGGUGCGAUCCCGCCUGGAUCUCGCCCGGUACCGUAUAUCUCAUUCGAGGCGGUCGUCGGGCGCAAUUCUGUGUUCCAGGCUCUCACUCAAGAGCAACUGGAGGAGCUGGGAGGCGUGGAAUAUCGUGCGUUGACGGCGCUGUUAUGGAUCGUCUCUCUGUAUCACUUCGGGCUGCAGUUGCUUGCUUUUGUUGUAAUUGCCCCAUACAUGUCUAUCCACAGAUGGCAAAGCGACCUCAACCCUCCAGCAUUGCACAAACAUGUCGGUUCGGCGUGGUUCUCCGCAUUCCAGGUCGUGUCGGCAUACACGAAUACCGGAGUGUCCCUCGUCGACCAGUCUAUGAUUCCAUUCCAACGAGCAUACCCUAUGGUUCUCAUACUGCCAUUCCUCAUUCUAGCCGGAAACACUGCAUUCCCUGUCUUCUUGCGCUUCGAGAUAUGGAUACUUCGGAAACUGGUCCCACGUCGUUCGCGGUUGAGCGAGACGCUCCACUUUCUGCUCGAUCACCCGCGCAGAUGCUUCGUGUAUCUCUUCCCCUCCCAUCAGACCUGGUUCCUCUUCACCGUUCUCCUCGGUCUAACCUUCACGGAUUGGUUUUUCUUCCUGGUUUUGGAUAUCGGUAAUCCUGUAAUCGAAAUCAUACCCUUUGGGAUACGAUUCCUGCUUGGAUUUCUCCAAGCGACGGCCGUCCGCGCUGCCGGUUUCGCUACCGUCACACUGUCGGCACUAGCCCCUGCCGUGAAAGUGCUGUAUGUGCUGAUGAUGUAUAUCAGCGUAUACCCGGUUGCUAUGAGCGUCCGAUCUACGAACGUCUACGAGGAGAAGUCACUUGGCAUCUUCAAUGACGACGACGACGACAGCGAAGCGGGUUUCAAUCCAACAGGUAAUCGCGCCACAGUGUGGGGGAGAUAUCUCGCCAUGCAUGCCCGGAAGCAGCUUUCAUUCGAUAUGUGGUGGCUAGGCUUAGCUCUCUUCCUUGUCUGUAUCAUCGAGAAAGAUGGGCUUGAGGAUGAGGCGAACAGCUCUUGGUUCAACAUCUUCAACAUCCUGUUCGAGCUCGUAUCGGCGUAUGGCACAGUCGGCCUAAGUCUCGGAUUACCUAACGCUAACUACUCGUUCUCCGGUGCGCUUCGACCACUGUCGAAGCUCAUCAUUUGUGCGGUCAUGCUGCGAGGCCGUCAUCGCGGUCUUCCGGUGGCUAUCGAUCGUGCCGUAAUGCUACCCAUCGAGUUCGGCGAUCACUCAAGCAAUAGCUUCGGAGACGAGGCCAAUAGUACCAGAGACUACCUACCCCGCCGGUUCUCGACCAUGGACGCCAACUCUGAACAUAGUCUCGAAGACCUCGGGGUGGGAAAUGACCGCGACCGCACUCGCACGCUAGAUCGCACAUAUACACAGACCAUGCCUCGCUCCGGAGCCCCGCUGAAUGCUGAGGCUCCGCUCGGGCGAGGCCGUGACGCCGGGCCGAAGCGGGUGUCGAUACACGCAGACACGAUGCGUGAGCUCGAGAGCAGGGUGAACAAUGUUGUAGACCAGCAGAUACACAAGAGCGGACUCGCGACAUGACAUGACAUGACAUGACAUAAUAUCUACUAUAGACGGGGAUUCCGUGCGUGUCCCCCACCUCUAGAUUAGCCUACCUGGUCUCUUAUCCUUAUUGCUUUGUCUACGAUCUACACUCUAUGCAUUGUAAUGACGCC